AUGGCCAAAGGCCAGGUCUCGUCAGUUCCCGUAGCCACUGCUGCUGCUGCCGUUGCUGCUGCUCCGGUCGCUGCUACUGCUACUACUACUACUACUACCACUAUCACUACUACUAGCAUAACCACACCUACUGAUACCACAACUCCUACUACCACCCAACAACAACAACAACAACAACAACAACAACAACAACAACAACCAAAAGAUGUCCCGGAAGGCAUGUCAGUCGUUGCUGAAGGUUCCGCAUCUAUCCUUAUGCCUAAAGACAAAGUCUUUUAUAAUCCUGUCCAACAGUUCAACCGUGAUUUAUCAAUUGUCGGUAUCCGUGCAUGGUCUAAUCUACACCAAAAGACCCGCUCCAAAAAAACAAAACCAGACUCGACCAACGGACCUACCAAUCAAGACUCCAAUUCUUCUUCAGAAGUUUCUAUAGAAGAAAAAAAAAAUACCCAUGAAAAUGCUCAUGAAAAUACUCAUGAAAAUAUCCUAGAUGAUAACCCAAGAGAUGCUAAAAAACCACGUGUCGAUGAGCCUCGGUAUCUAGAAAUCCUCGAGGCCCUUUCUGCAUCGGGCUUACGUGCAAUCCGGUACGCUGCAGAAAUCCCAACUGCUAAAACAGUCCUAGCAAAUGACUUUUCUGCAGCUGCUGUUGAAUCUAUUCGCUCAAAUGCUAAUUUCUCAAACGUCUCUACACUCGUCCAACCCGUCCAUGGAGACGCUAAUGCUCUCAUGUACUCACGCAAAUCAUCUCCUGUCCAUAUUGUUGAUCUCGACCCUUAUGGAUCUGCAACACCAUUCCUUGAUGCUGCUGUCCAAGCCCUUGUCUCUGAUGGUCUUUUACUUGUAACUUGUACUGAUCUUGCUGUCCUUGCAGGAAACGGGUAUCCAGAAAAAUGCUUUGCUCUCUACGGUGGACAAACCCUCUACGCUGAUGCACGACAUGAGUCUGCUCUCCGAUUGGUUCUAGGAACUAUUGCAAAUACUGCUGCCCGUUACGGUCUUGCUAUCGAACCCCAGCUGUCUCUUUCCAUUGACUUUUAUGUCCGACUCUUUGUUAAAGUCAAACGAUCUCCACAAACUGUCAAACUUAAUGCUUCUAAAACAAUGACUGUAGCUCAUUGUCAAGGCUGUGGUGCAACUACUACACAACCUUUAGGCAAAGCUACCUCCAAAAAAGGCCAAACUAAGUUUGGUUAUGCCCGUGUUACAGCUCCAGGAUCAGAAUGCCCCCUUUGUAAGGGCCCCGUGGUUGUUGCAGGUCCCAUGUGGGCCGCACCAAUCCAUAACCAUACCUUUAUCGACGAAAUGCUAUCUGUCCAUGCUUCCAUUUCCAAUGACCCAGCUGUUGCUCCAUUAUAUGGUACUCUCCCACGUAUCCAAGGCAUGCUUUCUGCUGCACGUAAUGAACUUGAGGAUGUUCCAUUUUAUGUCAAUGUACAAUCUCUUGCAUCUACCUUACGCGCUUCAUCACCACCACAUCGUACGUUUCUUUCUGCCUUGUGCAAUGCAGGCUAUCGUGCUUCUUAUUCCCAUGCACAGGCUGGUGCUGUCAAAACAGAUGCUCCUUAUAAUGUUUUACUUGACAUUAUGAAGGCAUGGAUUAUUAAGGACCAAGAUGGGAAACUUUCUAAAAAUCUUAAACCUGGAAGUCCUGGGUAUGCAAUUUUGCAAACCCCCAAGCCUACUAUGGAAAUCAACUUUGAAGACCAUCCACGUGCAUUAGAACUUGAAGAGUUUCGCAAAUCGAAACUUGUUCGGUACCAAGUUAAUCCCACCAAGAACUGGGGGCCUAAAGCCAAAGCUUCAGGUUAA